AUGACCGAAUCAGGAGAGACUGAAGAUGAUUUUUAUCUUAAAAUUAAACAAACACCUGAAAAUCAAGAUAUAGACGAACAAAGAAAAGCAGCAACUGAACAUUGUCAAAAUGAAUUUACUAAAGUGAAGGGAAAACAAGACGAAAUAAAACGUGAAAAUGAUGAUGUAACAACAAAAAUUAAUGAAAAUGUAGAUGAAAAUAAUACUUUGUUACAACAAUUGAAUGAUCAGGUAGUUGAAAUAGAACGAUUAGAAAAUGAACGAAAUCAACUUAUCAAUCGACAAUUACAAAUCAAUAAAAAUAUUGAUCAACAACAAACAUCAAUUCAAGAUCAUCAAGUAAAUAUUGUUCAACAAGAAAAAGAAUUGGAAAAAAAUAAUGAAAUGAAAAAUAAAUUAGAAAAAGAGGAACAACAAUUAAAGCAACAAUUGGAUGAUAUCAGACAAAAAGAAAAUGAAAAUAUCAAAACCCAAAAUUAUUUACAACUGUCGUUAAAUGCAUUACAGCAACUGAUUGAACAAACACGAGAAGAAUAUGAUCGACAACAAGCUCAACUGGAGCAAGAACUAUAUGAGGUACAAGAAUAUGAACAAAGUUUGAAUCGAUUACGUGAAGAAAUCGAACUAAUGGAAAAUGAAGUAAAAGAGAUUGUCAAAGAAAUUGAAAGAUUAAUGGACGAAAAACAAAAAUUGGAUUUGAAAAUAAAAGAUUUACAGAAACAACAUGAACAAUUACAAGCAGCUAUUCAACAAUUGGAGCGAGUAUUGAAAGAAAAAGAAGCUGGAGUUGCAAACUUAGAAAAACAAAUUGAACAAUGUAAACAACAUAUUGAUAAAUUACAAAAACAAUUGGAAACUUUACGAGAAGAAAUAGAAAAAUUAAAUGAGAAAAUAGAAGAAAGUCAGAAUAAAUAUAUGGAAGCAGAAUCUCGUUUAAAAGAAUUAGAAAGUGAAAAGAAAAUGUUAGAAAAUCAAAAACGUCAAUUAGAAAGAGAAUGGCAACAAUUGGAUGAUCAACGAGCUGACUUAACACGACAAUUGAAUACUUUGCGUCAAAAGUUGACAACAACAGAGGAUUCAUUACGAAAUACACAAUAUAAAAUCAAUAAUUUAACAGAACAACUCUCUCGUGCACAAAGAGAAUUAGAAGACUUGCGAUCAGAAGAGGAACGUCUACAAUCAGAGGCGUCACAAGCUGAAGCCCGUUGUGACGAAUUAAAAGAUCAAAAAGAGGACGCACAACGUGAGUUGCAACAAGCUGAAAGUGAAGCGAAAGAAGCUGAACAAAGAUUAAAACAAUUGCAAUCACAAAAACGUGAUGAAGAUUCAAAAUUAGCAUCGCAACAACAAAAAGAAAAUCAAGCAAAAUUAAAAAUGGAUAAUGCUCUAAAUGAAGUACAGUCUGCUGAACAAGAAGUAAGAGUAGCUGAAGCAGAAUUACGACAUGCACAAAAAAGUCUAAAUUGGUUUGUUGGUUUACUUGAUUUCUUUUGUUAUAACUCAAGAUUACAGCAGCAACGAGAAGCAGCGAUAAAGAGAGCUGAAAAUAAAUUAGACCAAGCGAAAACCAAAUUAGAAACUAAAAAAACAGCGUAUAAUACUUCAAAAGAAAACUUUGCUGAUGCACAAAGUAAACGAGUCGAAUGUCAACAAAAAUUAUCACAAACAGUACAAGAUUUAGCAGAACAAGAACGCGUAGCAGCAAGAACAAAAUCUGGUGCGCUACAAUGUAAAUCACAGUAUGAUCAAUUGACAGCAACAUAUCGAGAAGCAAUCAAAGAGAAAAAGAAUAUUGAUUCAAAUUUACGUACAGUUACACAAAAAUUACAACGUUCUGAGACACAAGUAAAUACUUUAACCAAUGAUUUACAACGACACGAAUCAGAAAAAUCCACUUAUGAACAUCAACAACAAGAUUUAAAAUCGCAAAUAUCUGAGACGGAAACAACACUUCAACGACAUGAACGACAAAUGAAAGAACAUCAAAAAGCCGUGGCGGACAAUCAAGCCGAACUAACAAAAACAAUAAAUAAUCAUCAAAUACAAAUUACUACUGUCCAACAUUUGAAGCAACAAACAGAAACACUAAAACAUACUUUAGGUGAAAAACAAAAUAGUGAAAAAUCUAAACAACGUGAAUGUAUAUAUCAACAACAAUUAAUGGAAGCUGAAAAGAAAAAUGUACAGGAGCUAAGAGAUGAUAUAUCUCAAAAGCAACAACAACUAGGUACAAUACAACAAGAAUUAGCAACAAAAACUGAUGAACUAAAUUCUACCACAUCAUUAAUAAGACAAGCACAGGAACAAAAAAAAGCAUUCGAAGAAGAACAGCAAUCAAAACGACAGCAAAUCAAAGAAUAUGAUAAACUACAUCGGGAAAUGCGUACAAAAGUCCAACAACAAGCAAAUAAAGUUGCAACAAUGAAAGAAAAUCUAUCGAAAUUAAAUAAUCGUGAACAGAAAUUAUUUGAUGAUAUGAAACAAGUUGAAAUAAAAUUAGAAAGAAAAACCAAAGAUGUGGAACAAAGUCAAAAUCGAGUGAAUGACAUUACUGAAAAUAUCAAUCAAAUACGUCAUCAAAAAGGUGAAGCGGAAAGUCAAAUAGCCAAUGCAAAGAGAGAUCUUCAAAGUGUUGAUGAUAAUUUAAAAGCCAAUCGUGAUUCACUGGGUCGUUGUGAAAAGAAAUAUGAAGAUAUAAAAAGUGAUCUUUUGAAAAAUAACGAAAAAUUUCAAAACAAUAUACGUCAAAAAUCGGAUAUUCAACAGAAAAUUCAAGGAUUUGAAAAAACAAAAGCAGAUAUUAAAAUACAUUUUUGUGAGAUUAAUACAAAAUUGGAACAACAAACAGCGGAAUUAUACAAAAGACAAUUAAAACGCGAAGGACGAAUAAGGAAUCCAGAAGAUCCUAUUCGGAAUCCGCAGCAAAAAACAAUGUCGAGAAACUAUAACUAA